AUGGCUUCAAGGGCGCUCUCCAUCGCUGUCUUGUCGGCCGGCGUGACCCUGAUGCUCGUCGCCCACGUCCUCGUGAUCCUGUGGGCUAUGCGGCGUGGCCGCGGCGCCAACGCCGACCAGGAGCGUGCCACCGCCGCAGAGGAUGGCGGGGACAUGGGCCUGUCUGCCGUCGAGCUCGAAACGCUGCCGUGCCACCACUUCGUCUCCAGUGGCGCUGCGGCCGCCGACUGCGCGGUGUGCCUGGAGGCGUUCGAGGACGGCGACCGGUGCAGGUGGCUGCCGAGGUGCGAGCACAGCUUCCACGCCAAGUGCGUGGACCCGUGGCUGGGGAAAAGCCGGUGCUGCCCCGUCUGCCGCGCGGACGUGGUGGCUGUACCUGAACGGCCGACGGGCGAGCUCCUGAAGGUGGCCGUUGAUGAGGGAGACACAACACCGGCUUUCACACUGGACAGGAGAAGCCCCGCCGUGUUGGAGAUCGUGGUGGCUGCAAGGUUGCAGCAGUCUAGCUGGACUCUUCAUCCCGGGGCCGUGCACUAG